UCUGUCAUUAAUUUAAAUAUCAGUCUGAAAAUUCUCGUUUCGUUCCCAUCAGAAUUACGGCAAAACAAACAAAUUAAAGUACAUUGCUUGUAAAUUCAUACAUUCACAUAGUUUUCUAACGAGUGUACACAUAGAUAACAGUUAUUCCGCUAGGUUAUUUAAAAAUUGUAAAAAUUUCCGUUUUGAGUCUCAAUCGCGCGCCGCAUUACAUUUUUCAUCGCAAGGGGGUACGCCGCGCACGGGUUGCUAGGCACCCAACUAGGGGAAGAAGUAACGUAACGCGCUGGGGUCCGUCCGCUAGCAGGGGCCGUCCCGCCGUCAAAAUCGAUACCCGGCGCCCUCGCGCGUUGCGCCGCAGGGGCGCUCGCCAACCAGCCCCUUUUUCGUCAAACUCGUGAUCGCCACAGUCUACCAGUGCGCGCGCCACCCCGAGGAUGCUCUGCGGCGAGCUGGAGCACGUGUGGCCCAACCACCUGGCGAACCUCAGCGAGCUGUUCGCCGGUUUGUACGCCGAGAAUGCGUUAAUGGACGUCACACUCGCGUGCCGCGGCGGUUUCCUGCGGGCGCACCGUUUGGUCCUCUCCGCGUGUAGCCCCUACUUCAAGGCCAUAUUCGUGGAGAACCCUUGCAAACAUCCAACCGUAGUGUUGCCCACAGUGCUGCGAGAUGACAUGGCGCGCCUGCUUGAGUUCAUGUAUCGGGGACGGGUGACCGUCCCCGGCGGACGCACGCAAAUCAUCCGUCGCCUCGCUUCGGACCUUGAGGUAAAGGAUUCGAUGAUUUCCGGCCUGUGCCAGAACAACAAUCAACUGAAGAAACGCCUAAUCAAUGACGGUAGAAAGGUAGACAAAACCAAAAACAUAUCAGAACCUAAGUGCAUCGAUUUGGACGAACAUUCCGAGAACGAUGCAGAGUCGAUACAGGACAAAACCGGCAAACUCUUCGAGUGUGACAUAUGCAAACGAAGCUUUAAAGCGCGUAAAGAUCUUCAAAAACACAAGAAAAUCCAUCAGGAUAAAAACUUUUCAUGUGAUUUUUGUGAUAAACUUUUUUCCCGUGCGUCGCAUUUGAUACGACAUCGUCGUGUGCACACCGGCGAGCGUCCCUUCAACUGCGCGCAAUGCGGCAAAGAUUUCGCCCGGCAGGACAAACUAAAGCUACACAUCCGUACAAACCACUGCAAGCAACAAUUAUGCGAGGAAGGCACAAGCGCCGAAAAUGAUCACAGCGUGUCGAAACCACGCGUCCGCUUCCAUCUAGACGCUGAUUAUGACGAACCGGAAGGUGAGGACGUCAUAAUGGACGACCACAUCACUUUAGACAAUCUGAUCGAAGAGAAACGGGGACGCGGCCGACCGAAAAGACCAAAGCCCAGGUGGAUAUUAACCCUAUGAAAAUCAAACGAUUUCGCGGCAGGCCCCGUAAAGAAGAGAAAGAAAAGAUGGUAAGAUGUCGUCAUCUUGAAUAUUAAACGGUAAGCCUCAUAUUUUCAAUGUUUUAGUAAAUGACGCAGUCGGAGACAACUAUGAUUUAUCGAACCUGCCAUAUGGGGAUAUAAACUAUCUGACAAUCGAACCUUUAGUUGAAAUAAUCGACGCAGCGCCCACAGAUCGCGGCGAUGGUGAAAUGGACCAAGUGCGCGAACGCACUACAAUCUAAGUAAUCCAGUAACAUAAAAUUCUAUCACGUUUAACACAAGAAUUGUUGUCUUGUAUAUCGGUUAAAUAUAUUUUCGAUCACCCAACAA